GUAUUCGAUCGAACAAAACAAAAAUGUCGAUGUGAUAAUUUUGUCACAUUAUAAAUGCAAUCGGACAGUGCAGGGAGACGCCAUUUAUCACAAUUCAGUGUGUCACAUCGGAUCGACGAGAUGAAGCAGCCUAUUUUCGUACUUGUUUUGGUUCUUGCCUGCGUUAAUUGCAUACCAUUAGAUUCUACAACGUCCAGCAAACCAAUAGACCCAGAUGUCAUUAGUGAAGAAAAGCCUGAAGAUUCUUUGAAUUUUGACUCACAAAAAUUGCAUGGAACUAACGUUCAAAAAGUACCGGCCAAAGGGGCGAAACUUAGUGUCGAGGUAGAUAAGAACGAAUCCAGCACAACAACCGAGACAUCAAAAACUAAAAGGGAUACUCAUUCCGAAGAACCAUUGGCUAAAUCAGGAUUGAAACAGAAUGAAGGCAGCUCGACCACCACAAGGCCGGAAUCCCGAAGAGCGCCUGUGGUGUCAAAGGCAAAGCGAAGUGCUGAUGAAGAUGAACUUUCCACUACCAAUCGCCCAACCAGCACCAGAGCGCCGAUCCCUAGCAGUAGUAACUACGAUGAAAGGGAUAACACUGGACCGCAUUUUGUGCGCCCAGUACCUGUUGACCAAAUUUUGAAGAACAUUCACGAGGCACCCAGGCACCAUCUCCCAUCAUCUGUUAGCUCCCAUCACGAUGAUGAGGAGUCUGUUGUUUCUACAACUGUUGCUGAGCCAUCCAAUAACCAUAAGGCACAUUACAAAUCAUCGAAGAAGCAGCCGCAAUCUAGCGACGAUGAAGAGCUUGAAGAUCAUGAUGAAACUGAAUCGGAAGACCUGGAGGAUGUAAAAGGAAACCGAAGAUAGUUUUCCAUUAUACUCGAGAAUAAUUUAUUCUUUGGUAGAAUUGCAUAAAAGCAGUAUUUAUUGGAUAUGUUAAAAUUUGUAAGGUUCAGAAUAAACGAAAAAGUUUAGUGAAAACA